UCCGCAUCGAGGAUCACAAUAAGAGCACAAUAAGAGAAUACCCAAUGAUUCAGAUUAUAAAAAGUACAGUUCCUCCCUCCGCAUGCCUCUCAUUAGUGCCCAUUGAUCAACCUCUUUCUCCAGGAUCAUCCUCCUCGAGACCUUUUUUCUACCAUCGGGCGGUCACCAAACGCAUAAAACCCUAAUUCCACACGAUGUUCACACAUCUACAACCCCAGUCCCAACAGACUGAAACGACCACUCGCGGACCAUCCCAACUAGCUAGAUGGGACAGCACCACCACCACCGUUGGAUCAUCAUGUGCCGUUCAGUCCGCAGACCUGAAAUCACCAACUACCGCUUCGGUAUCGGACGCGCAGUCGUCGACAUCCGAAGAAGAACCUGAGAUAUACGCCAAGUUGUUGUUCAGAUAUGGAUUUUUCUUCCCUCUUUUCUGGCUUUUCGGUGCCCUUAUCCUCCGGGAUCCACAACACCUAGAAGACGUUUCCGAAAUUGAUAUAGAGACCGGGAAGCGGAAACAAUGGACGAAGCGUGACUUUGAGAGUUUUGAGAGGACGAAGGGCGAGGAGAGGAAAUACGCGAGGAGGUGUCUUUUCGCACUUGUUGCUUUUGGAGUGGUGGUUCUGAUUGGGCUGGGAGUUGGACUGGGAGUGGGGUUGACUGUUGGGCAGAGGUGAUAAGUUUGGGACAUCCUUCGAGCUUGCUCGCUAUGUACUUUUUUCUUUCCUUCUUGUUAUACCCUCGAUGUACCAUCUACGAACAUUCUGUAGCAUAUAAUCGGUAGCGAAACGUCCAGAGUAAUGUUGCCGUUAG